GGAGGAGGGAGUGCUUGGAGGUGGGGGUUGGCCUGGUGUGCACUCCACACCUCGGGGACUCUACUGCGCGUGGAACAGCUGCUUUUGGAAGACUGCUGCCCAGAAGAAAAGAUGUUUGGUUUUCACAAGCCAAAGAUGUACCAAAGUAUAGAGGGCUGCUGUAUUUGCAGAGCUAAGUCCUCCAGUUCUUGAUUUACUGACAGUAAACGCUACGAAAAGGACUUCCAGAGCUGUUUUGGGUUGCAUGAAACUCGUUCAGGAGACAUCUGCAAUGCCUGUGUCCUGCUUGUGAAAAGAUGGAAGAAGUUGCCAGCAGGAUCAAAAAAAAACUGGAAUCAUGUGGUAGAUGCAAGGGCAGGACCCAGCCUAAAGACUACAUUGAAACCAAAGAAAGUGAAAUCUCUGUCUGGAAACAGGAUAAAAAGCAACCAGGUCAGUAAACUGCAGAAGGAAUUUAAACGUCACAAUUCUGAUGCUCACAGUACUACCUCAAGUGCCUCCCCAGCUCAGUCUCCGUGUCACAGUCACCAGUCAGAUGAUGGCUCAGAUACAGAGAUGGCUUCUGGUUCUAACAGAACACCAGUUUUUUCCUUUUUAGAUCUCACAUACUGGAAAAGACAGAAAAUAUGUUGUGGGAUUAUCUAUAAAGGCCGUUUUGGGGAAGUCCUCGUCGACACACAUCUAUUCAAGCCCUGCUGCAGCAAUAAGAAACCAGCUGCCGAGAAGCCGGAGGAGCAGGGCCCAGAGCCUCUGCCCGUCUCCACUCAGGAGUGGUGACUGAGGUUUUUAUGUAGAAGGGGAACAAAAAAUGAUUUAAGUUUUGAAAAGACCACAAAGCAACAAGCUGACCCUCCUAUUU